AUGGUGCCAUCCGACGAAGUGAAUGCCAAUCCUGGCUCAGAUCCACGGCCAAACAGUUCUAGCCCUAGUACUGGAAACUCACCAAGGACAUGGAAGGAUCUAAGAUCGAUCUGUUCUCGCAAUACGUACGCUUCCCCUCAAAAGUCCGGACCAGCAACUCACACUCAGCAGAUACGCCGGGGCCCUGGUCUUCAAUCUGGCAGCUUUCUUCUUUCCAGCUCUCUACUCAACGCUUUCAAAACUCUGGGUAGCCAACAUCGACCCUCCCGCGUCGUUACCACAGAUGUCUACACCUACAUAGGCGUCUUUGCCGAAGUCCUUAAUGAAGGCUUACCCCGAGCCUCAUGGUUAAUCAUUGGAGAUAAAGCUUCGCGCUCAUAUCGUCAGCUGCUCCAGCUCUCCUACACAUUGCUCAUUGUCCAGUCUGCGCUGGGGCUUAUUAUGAGCAUCGUUUUCGUCGCGGCCGCGUCAACACUUGCAAAAGGGUUCGUCCCUGUAGAAGUACGGGCUACGAGCCUCGCAUAUGUUCGCAUUGGCGCUUUCUCAGCUCUGAGUUCUGCGCUCGAGGUGGCGGUCUCAACAGCCACUCGAGCCCUUGAUCAACCUGAUGUCCCCUUGGUAAUCAGCUGUGGUAAAUUCGCAGUCAACAUCAUCCUCGAUCUACUCAUCAUAUCACGAUUCCAUGUCGGAAGCUUCACGCCUACAGUAAAUAUGCAGGGAGCUAUUCAACUCGCAUGCAAUAUGACAGCCUCCAUAGCUGGCCUUUGCUUCUUCCUCUACACUACUAGGAAAGGGGUACUACUCCUUGACUCUGCCCACGCACCCGAAGACAACCAUAGCACACGCCCCAGCUUCCGCGCCCUCGGAGUUCUAGCCCGCCCCGGAAUCCUCACAGUCGCCGAAUCCGCCGUCCGCAAUGCCCUUUACCUGUGGCUUGUUCACGGCAUCGUCUCCCUCGGAUCGAACUACUCCACCGCCUGGGGCGUCUUCAACACCAUCCGCUGGGGCCUAGUCAUGGUCCCCGUACAAGCACUGGAAGCCACGUCUCUAACAUUCAUCGGACACCUCUGGGGAAAAUACCGGCGGGAACAAGCAAACGCAACUCUCACCCCACCCAUCCCUUUCAAAGACACACGAGUCAUAAUCCGCCCUGCUCUAACAUCCAUCGGCCUCGCCUUGCUAAUUGAAAUCCCCAUCAGCCUCCUCCUCUCCUUCCUCGGCGCCCAGCCCUUUGCACACUACCUGAGCAACUCCGAAACCGUAGCGAAAAUCACGGCACACAUGUGGCAAACUAUCGACUGGUGUUACAUCUUCUACGCCGUGUCCACACAGCUCUCCACCAUCCUGCUCGCGACGCGACCGCGCUGGUAUCUGUACCAAUCCCUCGCUUCGAACAUGCUGUACGUACUUCCGUGGACCAUUGUGUGCCAGGUUGCGCAUCUGGAUAAGGGGGAUGCGUGGACGUAUCAUAGUCUGGUGUUUGGGGGCAGCUUGGUGUUUAGUUUCUUUGAUAUUUUGGUGUUUGAUGCGCUUUGGGCGUGGAGGUUGAGGGAGGGGAAGAUGGAAUUGGGGGCUUUUAAGGAAUCUUAG